AUGGCUAAUGUCAGAUACUUCCCCUCAGUCGACGACUUGAUGGAGAGCAAAGCAAUCUGGCCCUUUUUUGACCCCCAGCCUCACCAGAUAAAGUUUAAAAGCUUCUCUACAAAGAAUUUCGUUGCCGGCGCUGAUCAACACAUGUCAGCCACAGAGCAGGUUGAACCUCCAGCUGCCUGGAAGACUUCGAGCCCUGUAGGGGUGGCCGAUUACCAGCCGCUGAAAGCCUUCAGCGUGGCGGCACGUGAGGACGGUGGUUUGACCUCGUGGAGCGAGGCGGACGAUAUCUGCGAGCUCUCCAUCAGGAUGAAAGAAAUCGAGCUGUGCAACAUGAUGGGAGUGACGCCGGUCGUCCAGAGGAAAGGGCGGCGGUCUUGCCAGGGAGUUAAGCCAAAGAGUCCUGCUUGCUCGACCCCGUCCGUCCCCGAGUCUUGGGUCCAGGCUAAGAGCAGCAAGUCCUGGCGGAGUAAAGAGCCACCACCUCCGCUCUCCCAAGACUCUCUCCAGCUGGGAAAAAGGUUUAAAGCUCUGGAGAAGCUGAUGUCUCCAACGUCACCGCCCGGAUCCCGACAGGAGGCCUCUUCUUCACGACGACGGCUGCUGAAGGAGGCAGUUGACCGACACCUUGUCGAUGCUGGGCUGUCCGCGGACCGCACUCACCCCGGCACCGUGCGCUCUGCUCCGGGAGGGAGCCCCCAGCCAGCGAGGAAGGCGCAUCACCGGCAGUCCUCCACCGGACCCGCUCCACAGCUGCCUUCAGUUCUGAUCGUGGGAGACUCCAUCAUCAGGGACGUCAGGUCCAGUAAGGCUGUCACUCACUGCUUUCCUGGAGCCAAGAGACACCACGCUGCAGCCGCACACCUGUUCCGACAGGUGCGCCUCUGA